AUGUCCGACAGAUCAUUAUCACCAUCUGAUUACUAUGAAUUAAGGCAUGUCAAAACUAUCACUUAUAAGCAUGCAUCUAACAUUAAGAAAGGAAGAACCAUCUUAUAUCAAAGUACUGAUCAAUUAGAAAAUGAUCUAAAUAAAUGCAAUUUAAGUUGUGAUUGUUCAGAAUGUGGAUAAUUGAUUGGAUUUUCUCUAAAAGUACAUAGAGAAUUACCUCUUAAAGAAACAAGGUAAUGCUAAUUACAUAUAUUUAGAAACUAAAGAAAAAAAAAAAUCUUGAGGAGAUUUAAAGCAGUUGGAAAUGCUAUUAUAUUUAUAUUGGCAUAUAAAAUGGAAGCAAUUAAAAGAUUAAAAAAGAAAAUGCAUCUCUUAAAAGCAGUUCGAAAUUUAACUGUGCGUAGACCAGCUUUGUUAUAAUCAGUACAUUUAUUACCAGUUUAAUAACCGAUUAAGUAGCAAUAAAGGUUAUUAUAAAUUGUUUAUUUUAGUCAUGAAGAGGAAUUAGAUGAAACAGUGUCUAUUCAUCCAAUUUAACCUAUUUAGAAGGGACCAAGAAAAAGCAAGAUUUCUAUUUAUAUGGAAAAGAUGUUAAAAGAUGUAAUACCAAAAAAGGAAGUAAUAUUGAAACCUUUAAGUAUUUUGAAUAAUGCUUUGAGCAAAAAUAAUCAAAAAGGACAUAUAAAAUGCAAUUCUCAUUUUACUUAAACUUAGUUUAAUUUCCAAUCUUAAAUUAAGCCUUUUUAUGUAUUGAAUAGAACUUAAGCAACUAAUUUUUAUUAGAGUAAUAAUAAAGACAUCAUAAAAAUGAUCGAUAUUAUGAAAGUAAAACAUAGAGUUAUUAGAAUAAAAAAAUGA